AUGUCUUCAAAAGGGGGAAAGAGGAUGGUGAAAACCGAACGAUUGAGCAACAAGCCUCCUACUUUAUCUUCCAAGAAGUCGAUGAAGAUACGAAUGCCAUGUGAAGCUACAGGGUUACAUGAGUGCCAUGUUCACUUCAAUCCAAUCUUGGCUACUACUAGCGAUGUUGUUGUUGGACCUACUCCAUUGGUUGUUCCUCCUAAAGGUUUAAGGGAGGUAGCUCACAUCCAGUCUGAUGUCGUUGUGGUUUCUACCACUGUUCCUCCUUUUACUGGCAUUCUCAAUUUCCAUGUCGACGCUGUGAAGCAUGCUUUUUGUCAAAAGCUACUUGGCCUAGGAUUUGGUUAUGGGAGGUCCAAACCCGAUGUUCCGAAAGCGACGUCAGAUCCUAUCACUCCUGUUGGUGCAACUCCUUCUUCAAAGGAGACAACCGAGCCUGCGAUAGUCGAUACCAUUGAUUUAGACUCUCUUAUUCCUUCUUCAAAUCAUAAUGUUAUUAAGGCUAACGUUGAUACUACUGUUGUCAACGAUCAUACUCCGAAUAAAGGCCCCUCUAAGAGAAUUGUUAUUUCUUCUAAGAAUGAGGCUCCCCAACCAACCUUGAUGUCUUAUGCUACAUCCCUUCCUUCUUUUCUUUACCCAUUCACGACCACCAAGUUCAUGAACAAACCUAACUUGAGGAAGUUAAAUGAAGAGGAUGGUAUUGAUAAGGCUCGUUCUCACCCCUUAAAAGGACUUCAUUGGAUCAAUGAGGAGGAGUUGUGCCAACUGAACCUAGACUUGCAGAUGAAGAUUGAUGAGGCACGCAGUCAGAAAACUUCCAUGGCCGAAACUUUAGAUGGAUUGAUCCAACAAUUUGAGGGUUUGAAAGUUCGUUUUACGGAGAAGGUGUCAAUCCUCGACAUCGCCUGUUUUGAGAGGGAUGUGCAUAUCAAAUUGUUAAAAGACAAAUUGGCUUCAUGUAAGGCUGUUAUGAAAGGUAAUGAAUCCCAAAUCCAGCUUCUAGAGUCCGAGAAAGCCAAGUCUAAACAAGAUGUCUUGUUUCAUCAUUUGAUGGAUGAGCUGAACUCCGUCGAACUGCAUUGGCUCUUGAAGAAAGGGGUAUCUACCUUUGUUUGUGCUUCGUUAAGUUUGGAAGACUCUAGUACCAUGAAUUCCUCUCUUCAGACAUCUUCCAUCUAA